AAACAGUGCAGCCAUCUUGCACGGCGCAGCGAGAGUGACUAAACUCUGAAAUCUGGUUUGUUAGCUUGUUGUAAACCUCGUUAUUAUUCUACUAAAAGUCACUUGGUACGAUUCUGAGAUUGGAUGCCUAUCGGGACAACGUAAACACACCGGCGCCGGUGUGGCAUUUGAUGAAAACAGUUCGUCCCCGGUACGAUGUUGUUCCGUCUCACGCAUCCCCUGGAAUGACAGCUGCAGCCAUUGGUACCGCCUUUUAGAAUGCGGAACAGCCAAUCACGGCUCGCCGAGGGCCCCCGCACGGAGACGUUUGGUUGUUGUGCGCACGCGCACGUCAGUUGGUAAGUACCUCACUUCUCACAAGCUCGCAGGAGUGUGAAGAUGGCGGUUCGCCCAGGCCCGCUGGAUGAGCCGUUCUUACACACAGAGGUGAAUAAAGGGGUAGUUUGUCAUCCUGUCCGGUCUGUAGAGUCACAGCUAUCGGUCUUGUGUCACAGCAACCACUGGGUUAGGCACGAAGCAGCCGGUAAUUACAUGGCUACAGUUCCAGGACAAGGGGGCAGCGCGAGCUAAUGUCCAGCUGAGACUUGGCCAAGACGAUUGCUAAAGCAGGUACGCUGUAACUACUUAUGUUGUUUUCCUCUGUGUCUCGAAGAGAGUGUACACGAAAAGCAGGCGCCGGAGCUGACAGAGAAAAUCGGUAGAUGUGUCAGAGUCUCGCCCCAUCACAUUCAAGAUUGUUUGUGCUCCUUCCAAACAAGUUGAGGUGCAGGGGGUCUCAUCAUAGCGAGGUCCCCAUGGUUCAACUAUGGACGCAUCGACGGCCAGCACGGACUCCACCACGGGACACGACCCCGGCAAAAAACUUGCUGUUAGUGGCGGUGCAACGUCUCUCCCUAAUCACCAGGGGAAAGUAAGCUCAUACUCAGUGCAGACUUUCAAUGGGAGCCAAACUAUGAACUCUCACAAUUCAGGAAGCGCUGCCCCUCUCGGGGGGACGACAGUGGCAAGUGGCGCUGGUAACGGCAGCGGUCCUACGGUAUCUGUCGCAGCUGUCAACAGUGGACCAGUGUUGUCUAAAGGGCUGGCCAGUGCGAUAACGCCCCCCACGUCAAACAGUGUAAUUCAGACGCCUCUCGUGAACUCCCCGAGUGUUGUCGCUUCAUCUCCGCCUGUGAGCCAGGCAACAGGACCCACUGUGACACUCGUCAGGCCGCCUAUGCAAACCGCGGGGUCCGGCGCAACUUUGAAUGGGAACAAUAAUGCGAGUGCUGCUGUGGUUGCCAGUACAGCAGGGCAGUCAGGUAUCGGCAUACAAACUCCGCUUGUAAACAACGGCCAGCCGUCCAGCUCGGUGUCUGUGAGCGGAAGGUCGCACAUUAUCAAGGCAGAGCCGCCUGCAACUAUAAUGCAGUCAGCACCGCAGCCGGCUGUCACUCCUGGCGCCGUCAGCGCUCCCCGGACGCCGGCGACGGUAGCUGCCGGUCCGGGCGGGAUCCGAGCGCUGACGCCUCAGAUGUUGGUCCCAAGGCUCCCCCAGAGCUCCCCAGGACAGCCCAGUAUACAUAACAUCCAGCUCCACCCGGGGAUGGUGCUUGUACGCAGUGAGAGUGGACAGCUGCUGAUGAUUCCUCAGCAGGCGCUUGCCCAGAUGCAGGCCCAGGCGCAGGGAGGCAUGGCACCUCGGAACGCUACACCAACAAGCGUGCCUCCUGGCCAGGCUCCUGGAAACAUCAUCAGCAGACAGGUGGCCCCCAGCACCAUCAUUCGACAGGGCUGUCCCGCUCCGACGUCAAUCACUGCGACCACCACUCUUCACAGACCUCCUAUUCUUCAGAGCUCAGCUGGGGCUGCAGUACCAGGAAUGACCCCCAGGACCAUCAGCCAAACAGCUGGGACCACAGUUACCUCAGUAACAGUGAGCAAAGAGACAAUGGAGAAUGUGACGAAAUGUAAGAACUUCCUUUCUACAUUGAUAAAACUGACAUCCACGGGGAAGCAAUCAACAGAAACGGCAGCCAGUGUGAGAGAGCUGGUCAAGGACCUGCUGGAGGGCAAACUGGAAGCUGAGGAAUUCACCAGCAGAUUGUACAAAGAGCUCAAUUCCUCACCCCAACCCUACCUUGUGCCUUUCCUCAAGAGAAGCCUCCCAGCCUUGCGGCAGCUCACUCCAGACUCAGCGGCAUUCAUCCAGCAGAGUCAGCUCCCCCAGCUGACCUCAGGUCCAGUCUCCUCCACCUCAACCACCCCCAACACGGUGGUCCUGGGCAGCCCUGCCCCUCGCCUCACUGCAUCAAUCAGCAGGCCCCAGCUCCAGCCAGGCGUCAGCAAGCCAGGGCAGAGCCCUUCACUGGUACUCCAGCCUCAGCAGCAGAGAGCAAUAUUGAGACCUCAGGUAACCUUAGCGACGACCCCCAUGGUGACUCUCAGGAAUCAGGCCCCUGGCCGCAUCAUGCUGGGACAGCAGCAGGUCCAACUUAAAGAGCUGCAACCAGUUCCUGUGAGGCUAGAGGUGCCAUCUGUUUCUAAACAAGUCUCUGCUGCAGCCGUGACUCCAGCUCAGAAGAACACGCUGAAAGAGGGGGGUGGCACUUUCAAGGAUGAUGACGACAUCAACGACGUGGCCUCCAUGGCUGGGGUAAACUUAUCAGAGGAAAGUGCUAAUAUCCUGGCAACCAAUUCUGGACUAGUGGGAGCGGUGACACAUUCCUGUAAGGACGAGGCUUUCCUCUCGUGCACUAUGCUCCAGAGGAGAAUGCUGGAGAUAGGUAGGAGGUAUGGUGUGACAGACCUGGGUGCGGAGGUGGUGAACUAUGUCUCCCAUGCUACUCAGCAGCGACUCCAGAACCUGCUCGAAAAAGUUUCCCAAGUGGCCCAGCAGAAAAAUGUCAACUUAAAGGAGGAUGAAAACCAUGAGCAGAGCAGUGAUGUUCGUGCUCAGCUCAAGUUCUUUGAGCAGCUGGACCAGUUAGAGAAACAACGGAAGGAGGAACAGGAGAGAGAGAUCCUCCUGAAGGCAGCUAAGUCUCGAGCUCGGCAAGAGGACCCAGAGCAGCUCCGUCUGAAACAAAAGGCAAAAGAGAUGCAGCAGCAGGAGCUGGCUCAGAUGAGGCAGAGGGAGGCCAACCUGACGGCACUGGCAGCCAUCGGCCCCAGAAAGAAGCGGAAGAUUCUGGACUCUCCAUCCUCCUCUGCUCCAGCUGAGGUACAAUUAACGACAGUACAUUCCCCAAAGAGUGUUGUAUUUCCUGGGAUAGCUGUCGAAUAUAACUCCUGUUUUAAAAUCACUGUGUACUGUACCUUUUGUACAUCUACUAUGCUUUCCUUAUUUACAACCUUUGCCGUCUUCAUUCAGGGGCAGAAUGGAGAGCUUAUGAUGCACACUUGAAUAAAAGUCACAAAUUUACAUAGUAAAAAUGUGAGUGAUGACAAUGAUAGCACUUUCUUUUUGCGCAUAAUAUAUUGGUGAUAGAAAUAGCUGAUGUGAGCAUUAACAGUUUGCCAGUUCUUUUCUCUAUUGACUGUAACAGUCAGACAAUGUUUGACAAGGUCUGUCAGUGACAGCCCACACUACUCUGACAGAAACCUGCUGUCAGUCAUCUGUGCUGUUCCGGUACCUGGUGGAAGAAAAAAAAAAAAGCAAUCAAGCUUGUCAUUAGUUCGGGAAGAGCACUGGACUCAUGCACGCUGAGGGCUGACUCUUGUUAUCCCAGAUUUAAACAAGUCACCAGUCACAUUCAGUAAUUACAACGUGGCAAACUUCAUAAUGUGACAAACCUUGACUCAACAUGCUGUUACUGGCUGAAUUCAUUGAUAUGUUCUUUUCACCACCAGACCUUUUAGAUUCUUAGUUCCCUUACUAUGGUGUACCUUUCCUUGCGCUCUAUUUUUCCUGCAUGUGUUGAGUUCUGCUCUGUUUAGUGUUAGUGUUUGGAUGUUUCUUUCACUCCCCAAUGAUUCUCAUACUGUUGUUUUGAUUCACUGGGGAGCAUCUACAAGAGCAGAGCCUGUUCUGCAAAACAAGUGCUUAGCCAUUUGCUGGAAUAAAAAGCCCUGCAUUCCUUAAGUGUCUCUGACAGGAAUGGGUAUAUAAAAACAGUUGUUUGGGAAACAAUGUGUGAUCUCUCCUAUUAUUUACGUACUUUGACAAAGGUUCUAAUAAUUUCAAAGAUAGUGUUUAUUUGUACACCUCCUCUGCCCCCAGUGACAAAAUUGCUGAUUUUGUGUUGUUUUUCUGCAUGUAGAGUGCUUUAUUAUGUUUCUUGAAAAAUACAAGAAAAACAAUGUCACAUAGCUGUAUUCUAUUCUGUUCAGGACAAUACAAAUUUCUAUAGCAGUGAGUGCAUGGUGUGAGAGUUAUAGAAAUUAAACAAAGACCCUGUUUAUACCUGGCAUUAACAUGUGUCUUGGUUGACCCGAACAAAAGUGGACAGGCGAGACACCUUGUGUUUGGAUUCCGUUACUGUCCUCGCCACUUCUGUGCUCGUAAACGGCCCGGUUAAGAUAGGAUGCGUCUAGUUUUGUUUGGACUGAAUCUUCUGCCCAAAUGGAAACUGUAUCCGGUUUCACUUGCACACCAACCACGUAGAUCAGUGCUCCUCACCAGUUUUUUUCAUGGUUUUGUUGUCUGUCACCAAAACAAACACCACGUGCGGCAUUGAUGAUGUACAGUCCUGGUUGUACAGGACUGUACAGAAUUUAGAAUAUAUUAAAUAAAUAAAUUCAUAUGAACUGAUUUUGUAGAAUCAGAAUAUUUUGAUAAAAUG